AGUUGGCAUACUACAACUUGAGAGAGAAAAGUUUCGGCGAAGACGAAGAACAUGGCGCAUGUAGCCGGUUUGCUCGCCUCGGCUGUGGUGUCAGCAGUGGGCAAUAAGCUGGGUUCCGCCAUUGGGGAUGAGGUCACAAUGUUGUGGAGCUUCAAGGACGACCUCCAGGACAUGAAGGACACAUUGGAGUACAUGGAGGCGGCGCUCAAGGAUGCUGAGAGGCGGUCUGUCACGGAGGAGUUGGUGCGGGUGUGGCUCAACCGGCUCAAGAACGCUGCCUAUGACAUCUCUUACAUGCUCGAUGAGUUCCAAGCUGACAGUGAACCAGCCUCCAGAAAGAUGAUUGGGAAGCUAGACUGUUUUGCUAUUGCACCCAAGAUUACCAUGGCUUAUAAGAUGAAGAAGAUGAGAGGUCAGCUGAGGAAGAUCAAAGAGGAUCACGAGAGUUUCAAAUUCAUACAUGAUAACUCCAGUCUAAUUAGUGUGCACCAGUUUCCUGAUCCACGGGAAACAACAUCAGAUGUGAUUGAAUCACUCAUCAUAGAGAGAGACAAAGACAGGAUGAAUGUUCUUUCUUUGUUAUCCACAAGCAGCAACAAAGAAGAUAUCACAAUUCUUCCUAUCUGUGGGCUUGGAGGCAUCGGAAAGACAACAUUGGCACAACUGGUCUUCAAUGAUGCUCAGUUCAAAGAGUAUGAUCAUCGGGUAUGGGUCUAUGUAUCCCAGGUGUUUGACAUGAAAAAAAUUGGGAACUCCAUAAUUUCUCAAGUAGAAAAGGGAAGCCAGAAUCUAGAUACAAGGCAGUUAAUAAACCAACACCUUAAACAUUUACUUCAAGAUAAGAAGACACUAAUUGUUUUAGAUGACCUAUGGGAGACAGAUACCUCCCAACUGAAUCAACUCAAGCUUAUGUUGAAUGGAAGCUCCAAGAUGAGAGUCUUAGUCACAACACACAGCAUAGACAUUGCAAGCAAAAUUUGUACUGUUGAACCAUACAUGUUAGAUCUCUUGGACAAUGACAUGUGCUGGAGAAUAAUCAAGCAAAACAGUGGCUUUGAAUCUAGAGCUGAUAAAGCGCAAGUUGAACCAAUUGGACAGAAGAUUGCAAAGAAAUGUGGAGGUUUGCCAUUGGCAGCUCAAGCACUUGGAUUCUUGCUAUCCGGAAUGGAUCUUAGUGACUGGAAAGCAAUGUGCAAUAGUGAUAUUUGGGAUGAACCAUUUUCUGAUAGUACAGUGUUACCAUCCUUGAAGUUAAGUUACAAUACUUUGACACCAUAUUUGAGGUUAUGCUUUGCCUAUUGUGGCAUCUUUCCUAAAGGUCACAAUAUAAGUAAAGAUGAUCUUAUCCAGCAAUGGAUUGCUCUGGGUUUCAUCGAGCCAUCUAAUAAUUUUUCGGCCAUACAACUUGGCGAGAAGUAUGUUAGGCAAUUCCUUGGGAUGUCUUUCCUUCAGCAUUCAAAAUUGACCAAGAGACUUGCAAAUUUCACCAUGCACGAUCUGGUGCAUGAUCUCGCAAGAUCGGUUAUUACUGAAGAGUUGGUUGUCUUUCAUGCUGAAAUAGCGAGCGAUGCUAGAAGAAAAGAAUACUGCCGCUAUGUGUCUGUUACAAAUUGCAAUAUUUCAGAUUACAUCAAGGCGAGGAAGAUGUCAACUAUUUUCCCACCUAAGUUAAGGGCGAUGCAUUUUACAGAUUGUGAAUUCCAUGGUGGUACAUUUUCAUUUCCAAAGUGCUUGCGUGUCUUGGACCUAUCUGGAUGCUCCAUCACAGAGUUUCCAAGCGCUCUAGGACAACUGAAGCAACUUGAGGUUCUUAUUGCUCCGAAGCUGCAAGAUCGGCAAUUUCCCGAGAGUAUCACUCAGCUCUCGAAAUUACGUUACCUGAACCUCAAUGGAUCAGAUAAAAUUUCUGCAAUACCAAGCUCGGUUAGCAAACUUAAGUCUCUAGUGCAUCUUGACUUGUCUGCUUGUAUCAGUGUUGAAGUCAUACCAGAGAGCCUCGGGAGCCUAAAAAACCUUCAAACACUUGAUCUCUCAGUGUGCAAGAAACUAGAGUCCCUUCCAGAGAGCCUUGGAAGUCUCAACAACCUUCAAACACUCGACCUCUCGCGCUGCAAUACACUAGAAUCCCUUUGGGGGAGCCUUGAAAGCCUAAAAAACCUUCAAACACUAGACCUCUCAGACUGCUAUAGACUAGAGUCCCUUCCAGAGAGCCUUGGAAGCCUCAACAACCUUCAAACACUCAAGCUCUUAUGCUGCGUUAACCUAAUGUCCCUUCCAGAGACUCUUGGAAACCUCAAAAACCUUCAAAAACUCGACCUCUCAGACUGCUAUAAACUAGAGUCCCUUCCGGAGAGCCUUGGAAGAAUCGAAAACCUUCAAACACUCGACCUCUCACAGUGCUGGAAACUAGAAUCCCUUCCGGAGAGCCUUGGAAGCCUCAAAAACCUUCAAACACUAGACCUCCCAGAAUGCCGGAAACUAGAAUCCUUUCCAGAGAGCCUUGGAAGCCUCGGAAACCUUCAAACACUAGACCUGUCAGAAUGCCUGCAACUAGAAUCCCUUCCGGAGAGCCUUGGAAGCCUAAAAAACCUUCAAACACUAGAUCUCUCACGCUGCGAGAAACUAGAAUCCCUUCCGGAGAGCCUU